AUGGUGAAGGCCGAUCUAACAAUCAGCAUCAGGGUUCUCCAAGGAGGUGUGGAGAAUCACUUUGGUUACAAGGUGUCCUACAGAAAAGUUUGGCUUGCAAAACAGAGAGUGAUCGCUAGAAUAUAUGGCGAUUGGGAGGAAUCAUACAACGAGCUUCUUCGUUGGUUAUUCGCGAUGCAGAUGUGCUUGCCGGGUACUUGGGUGCAACUGGUGACUCAGCCUUGGCCUGGUUCCACAGAUACUAUCAUGUUUCAUCGGGUCUUUUGGACAUUUUUACUGUGUGUUGAAGUUUUCAAGCAUUGCAAGCCACUUAUUUCUAUUGAUGGCACUCACCUAUAUGGUAAAUACGGUGGGACCUUACUGAUGGUGAUAGCGCAAGAAGGGAAUGCAAACAUUCUGCCUAUUGCAUUUGCCGUUGUCGAGGGUGAGACAAAAGAGGCGUGGUCGUUCUUUCUGUCGUAUUUGCGGGAGCAUGUCACACCACAACCCGGGCUCUUAGUGAUUUCAGAUAGACACAAAUCCAUUGAUGGUGCAUUGAACGCUAAGGGGAGUUUAUGGAAACCACCUCACGCCUUCCAAGAUUUUUGUACAAGACACAUUGCAGCCAACUUCGUGACUCACUUUAAGAACAAAGACUUGAAGAAGGUUCGAAUUAACGCAGCGUAUUCAAAGUCAAAGCGUGAGUUUGCGCAUUAUUUUGGACGGCUGAGGGGAGAAAACAUGGCAAUCACUAACUGGCUUGAGGAAAUGCAACGGUCACAGUGGGCACAGUAUGCUGAUGAGGGUCGUCGAUUUGGUCACAUGACGACGAAUAUAUCCGAGUGCAUUAAUGCUAUGAUGAAGGGGUCCCGCAAUUUUCCAAUCACCGGUCUCGUCAGGUCAACUUAUUUUCGAUUGGGUGAACUUUUUUCAAGGAAGGGUUCCGAGGCAUUGGCCCAACUUCAACUUCGAGACAUCCACCUGUGCCACACGAAGGUGGUCUGA